GUUGUGCCACAUAAGCGCAGUUAAACGAGGCAGUAGCAAUAGUCAUGGAAAAUUCUAAUGGCUUUACAGGGAAUAUCCCUCCAGGAUUCUGUUCUUCCUCAACCUCAGCUCUGCAAAAGAUUCUUUUAGCCGACAACUAUCUCUCAGGAGCAGUGCCGUUGGAGCUUGGAAGUUGCAAGAACCUAAGGACAAUUGAUCUCAGUUUCAACAGCUUGAUUGGUACUAUUCCCUCAGAGAUUUGGACCUUACCAAAUCUUUCGGAGUUGGUUAUGUGGGCGAAUAAUCUCACUGGUGAGAUCCCAGAAGGCAUUUGCUCUAAUGGAAGAAACUUGGAGACCCUCAUUCUCAACAACAAUCUCAUAACUGGAACCAUUCCACAGUCCAUUGGCAACUGUGCUAAUAUGAUAUGGGUGUCACUUUCCAGCAACCGCCUUACUGGACAAAUCCCUGUCGGUUUUGGAAAUCUUCAUAAACUUUCUAUCUUGCAAUUGGGUAGCAAUUCACUCACUGGACAGAUCCCUCCAGAACUAGGUAAUUGCCAGAGCCUCAUUUGGCUUGACUUAAACAGCAAUGCCCUAUCUGGUAGUCUCCCACCUGAGCUUGCCAACCAAACUCGCCAGGUCGUGGCUGGUGUUGUUUCUGGGAAGCAAUUUGUGUUUGUAAGAAAUGAGGGUGGAACAACAUGCAGGGGUGCUGGAGGUUUGCUUGAAUUUGAAAGGAUACGAAGAGAAAGGCUUGAAAGUUUCCUCAUGGUUCACUCUUGCCCAUCCACAAGAAUAUAUUCUGGCUGGACUGUUUUUACUUUUUCUAGUGAUGGUAGCAUGAUCUACCUUGAUCUCUCUUACAACUCCUUGUCUGGAACUAUUCCUGAGAAGCUUGGUGCAAUGAGCUACUUGCAAGUCUUGAAUUUGGGACACAACUCGCUAACUGGAUAUAUUCCUGACAGCUUUGGAGGUUUGAACACUAUUGAAGUUUUAGAUCUCUCUCACAAUCAUCUUCAAGGCUAUCUGCCAGUUUCAUUAGGGAAUCUCAGUUUUCUCACUGACCUUGAUGUUUCCAACAACAACCUCACUGGUCCAAUCCCCUCCAGAGGUCAGCUGGUCACUUUCCCAGCAUCCACAUAUCAGAAUAAUUCAGGCCUUUGUGGGUUAUCAAUGCCUCCGUGCGUCUAUGGAAGCCACUCAACAGACGUACAUACCCGGGGAAGAAAGCAAUCUGUGUCAACGGUAAUGGUGGUUGGCAUCAUACUCUUGUAUAUCCUUGCAAUUGCAUUAGCAGUAGUAAUCGUCCACUUACAAUUACAAUCGAGAGAAUUACGACGAGAUGGAGAGAGUUAGAGAGAUAUAGGAGAGAGAGCAAUUGCUUGCAAUUGGCAGCAGAGACUCUCCAACCCAAAGCCAACCUCCUCCCCUUUGGAUUCGACUAGAGAUCGGAAAUGUGCUUAUUUUUGCUUGGUGGUGGGCUUAUUCGCUCCAAGCCCCUCAGGCCCAUGUGUACACAAAAAAUGCUUUAGAGGCUUAAUCUGGGACCAACAAUAACAAAACAGUCGCUGCAUU